AUGGAGGCAGAAAUGGCUGAUGAGACCCCUGCCCAUGAGGAAAUGAAGCUUACUGAAGCUACUUUCGACGUGAAGACAGCCCCCGGUUACAUGGAAAACACCUAUGUUGGUCACCACUCUUGGCUUGCAUCAUGGUUCCCGUACAAUCCCGAACACAUCACGAUCUACUUGGGCUCGGGCGCGGAUGACAUUCGCUGUUCCAUCCCUGAACCCAUCAUUGUCGAGAGUUUCUCCUAUCUCGCCGCCUGUUGCAAGGCACCCAUAUCUCGGGAGGGGCAUGAGACUGGUCGAGUGUUCGAAAUCAACCGUGAUGAAGCUAACGCCUUUGGUCUCAUCAUGAGCUUUCUCAUGACGUGA